AUGCAGACGCCUGCACAAAAAGGCCCAACCGAGGCCGAACUGAAUGUGUGGCAAGUCUGCUCCCGCAUCAGGGCCAGUUUUUACGACCUCGAUCUUGACGCAAUCUCCAAUCUCAACGACGAAAUUGCACGUCUUAUCGACGAAGUCUUCCACGCAGCGGUGAAGGAGGCCUCAGAAGUAUGCCGCAAAGAGGAUGAAACUGGUCUAUUGCGCGUCAUGCACGCUAUCGAGAAGCGAAAGGGCGACAGGGCACUGCACGCGUUGCUCAAAAAGUGGAUUAUGCGAUAUUGCCGGUACUGCGCAGGUUGCUGGCUUCGCGCAUAG